GGUGCAACUACCAUUAUGAGUAAGACCCAUUUACAGCUGAAAGUCCUCCAGUUUUCCGUUUCAUUUCCAAGUGAAAGUGGUCGAAGAAGGACGCCCUACUGACUGUUGACUCCCCCGCAAAAUGGCGUCCCAAACAGCAGUACAGGGUAAAGAGACAGAUCUAGAAAUCGAGGUGACAGACGAAUCAAACAACGGAGGCAAACACUCACAAGUCAAAAAACAUCGUCGCAAGAACGUCAUCCACCUGUGGGAAUUUUUGUUGGAGCUUCUCGCCAACGACAAUUUGUGUACCAUAAUCUGCUGGAGCAGGAGAGAGUUGAACGAGUUUCAGCUCAAAAGACCCGAAGAAGUGGCAAGAAGAUGGGGUCUGCUACGAAAACGGAAAGGAAUGAAUUAUAAAAAACUCAGUCGCGCUUUACGAUUCUAUUAUGGCAAGGGAAUUAUUCAAAAGGUUCCUGGCGAGCGGUUUACCUACAAGUUCGACAAACUACCUUACAGAUACCAUCCAGAAGUUUCACAGCCAAGAAAUCAAGAUUGCAAAUUGACUUCGUGGGACCAAGAACAAAAGCAAAUAUUGUCUGAUAAAUCUACAUCCUAUUUAAGUAAAGAAUCAGUAUUCUCGUCUUCAUAUGAGCAGUCAACACUGUCACGUGCCCACAUCCCUUUGGGAAAGAGUAUCAUCCCCUCUCUCAUACCCAGUGCUGCGCAGUCAACACAAAUAAGUCAAGUAUCAGUCCAACAGCUUUCUCCUCAAAUAUGUAUACUGAGUAAAAUAACAUUGAAAGCUACUGCUCCUUCACUCUUUCCGGAGCGAGAUCUUCUGAAUUGUACGACUAAGUCUAUUCCUGUGUCAGUUAUUAAACGAUCGCCUCCAAUCCAUUAUGCUGAUGAAUAA